AUGUUUAUACCGGGUACUCAUAAUUCGGGUACUGUUGUUAAAAAAACAAAAUCAAAAUUUAAUCUCAGUCAUUUGGAUAAUUUAAUACUCACUCAAGAUGAAAGCAUAUGGAAUCAACUCGUUUAUGGUAUAAGAUUUUUAGAUUUUAGAAUUGGUUAUUAUCCACAGGAAAAGGAUCCGGAUAUGAGGUUUUGGAUAAAUCACGACAUGUUAAGAAUUCAACCGCUUUUACCCGUUUUAAAAAAUGUCGUCCAAUUUAUAAAACGUUCACCGGAUGAAAUAAUAAUAUUAGAUUUUCAUAGAUUUCCGGCUGGUUUUAAAAAUAAAAAUUCUAGAUUAAUUCACAUGGAAUUAAUAAAUUCAAUCGAAAAAGUAUUAAAAAAUUUAACCGUACCACGACCUCCGAGUCAAACAAAACUUAAAUUGGAAAAUAUUUGGAAAAGUGAUAAAAGACUCAUUGUCAGUUACAGCGAAGAUAAUUUUGUUUGGGAGACUCCUUGGUUGUGGAGUAGCGUUUCUCAAAGAUGGGGUAACAAAAGAACGCCGUCAACAUUGGAAAAAUUUUUAGAUAAUACAUUUAGAGAUGUAGCACCGAGAAAAUUAUGGGCAGCCAUGGCUGAAUUAACACCGACUCCAUUAGAUUUUUUAGGAAGUGGAUCUCUGAGAUCAAUGGCGAAUAGCGUUAACGGAUUAUUAAGUACUUGGUUUAUUGAAAAAAAAAAUUGGACGAGUAGAGCUAAUAUCGUUGCACCGGAUUUUUUCCUUGGUGUGUGGUAA